CGAGACACACACACACUCACACACACACUCACACACACACACUCACAUACACUCUUACUCACUCUCACAAUCCCACACCCAAACAAACCUCCUGGACACACACACAGUGAGAGAGACGCUGAUGCCGGCCUCAGUCCACCGGCGUGUGGAGGACAGCUGCUGAGGACAGCCUGCCAGUGAGGACAGCCUUCAUGAGGACAGCCUGCAAGUGAGGACAGCCUUCAUGAGGACAGCCUGCCAGUGAGGACAGCCUUCAUGAGGACAGCCUGCCAGUGAGGACAGCCUUCAUGAGGACAGCCUGCAAGUGAGGACAGCCUUCAUGAGGACAGCCUGCCAGUGAGGACAGCCUUCAUGAGGACAGCCUGCCAGUGAGGACAGCCUGCCAGUGAGGACAGCCUGCCAGUGAGGACAGACUUCAUGAGGACAGCCUGCCAGUGAGGACAGCCUGCCAGUGAGGACAGCCUUAAUGAGGACAGCCUGCCAGUGAGGACAGCCUUCAUGAGGACAGCCUGCCAGUGAGGACAGCCUGCCAGUGAGGACAGCCUGCCAUGAUGGAGGACUCUGCGCUGUCCCGGUGGAUUUACCUGGGUGUGCUGACGGUGUUUGUGGGCGGGGCCAUGAAGCACCUGAGCGGGACCCCAGGGGACCUAGUGGAGCCGCUGUGGACAUCUGUCCUGCCCGUCCUGUCUGUCCUGUCCAUCCUGCCAGUUCUGCUGCUCCUCCUGCUGCUCCUGCUGCUCCUGCGUCUCGCCGCCUCCUCUCUCUGCUCCCCCGGCCUCCUGCCGGCCGGCGGGAAGGCUGUGCUCAUCACAGGUUGUGACUCGGGCUUCGGGAAGGCCACGGUUCAGCGUCUGGACUCUCUGGGGUUCCAGGUCUUUGCCACUGUGCUGGACCUGAAUGGAGACGGAGCACGGGAGCUGAGGAGGAGCUGCUCCUCGCUCCUCACGCUCCUGCAGGUCGACAUCACUCAGCCACAAGAGGUGCAGCAGGCACUCCUCGACACCCAGGCCAAGCUGGGCCACCGAGGCCUGUGGGGUUUGGUCAAUAAUGCUGGAGUGUGUGUGAACUUCGGGGAUGUGGAACUGUCCCUGAUGAAGAACUUCCGCGGCUGCAUGGAGGUGAACUUCUUUGGGACCCUGAACGUCACCAAGAGCUUCCUGCCUCUGCUGAGACUGACGAGGGGACGCAUCGUCACCGUCUCCAGCCCCGCAGGCGACCAGCCGUUCCCCUGCCUGUCGGCGUACGGAGCGUCCAAAGCCGCCCUCAACCUGCUGACCGACACCCUGAGACAUGAGCUGGAGCCGUGGGGGGUCCGGGUGUCCACCGUGCUGCCGUCGUCCUACAGGACAGGUCGCUGCAGCGACCGGGAGCACUGGGAGCGGCAGCACAAGGAGCUGCUGCAGGGCCUGGCGCCGGCGCUGCUGGAGGACUACGGCGAGGACUACGUGACGGAGACCAAGGACCUGUUCCACAGCUACGCCGCCCGGGCCAACACCGACCUCAGCCCGGUGGUGGACGCCAUCGUGCAGGCGCUGCUGGCGCCGCGGCCGCGGACGCACUACUACGCCGGGCCCGGCGUGGGCCUCAUGUACUUCGUCCACAGCUACUGUCCGCCGCACGUCAGCAGCCACUUCCUCAAGAAGCUGUUUGUGAGGAAGACUCUGAAGCCGCGAGCGUUGCGCAUGGUGGCCGGUUCAGACCAGGACUUGGGUCUGGACAUGAGCCUGCACCACCACAACAACAACAACAACAACAACAACAACAACGACAACAAGAAGCUCCAAUAGUUUCUGGUUCUUGGCCCCUCCAGGACUCCAGCGGGGGGAGGGGUGGAGGCCGGGGCCCCUGCAGGACUCCAGCAGAGGGAGGAGUGGAGGCCGGGCCCCUCCAGGACU